AGAAACUGAAGAAUAUAAAAAGACAUCUUGAAUGUCGUGAUCACUCUCUUUCUCUCUAUACACCUCCACCUAUUAGAAAACAGUUGACGAUUUCUAAAGGUACAAGCGUUGAAUUGAUCUUGUUCUCUCUCUCUCUCUCUCUCUCUAUCUAUAUAUAUAUAUAUAUAUAGAAGGCAGUUAACAAUGUAUAGUACUCUCAUGUAUAUCUCACAACAAUGGCAAAGUUAGUCUCGGAAUCCCAUAUUCUUUUCCUCUUAUGCAGUAUCAUUACGAUCUCCUUCCCUCACUUGACGAGGGCAAUCUCCUCUUGCGACGGUCCAUGCAAAACCCUAGACGACUGCGAAGGUCAACUAAUCUGCAUCAAAGGAAAUUGCAACGACGACCCUGACGUAGGCACCCACAUAUGUACCGGCGGCAGUGGCGGCGGCUCCUCGUCGGACGAGUGUCAGCCUUCGGGAACUUUCGACUGUGAUGGAGAGACCUUCCCAAUAUACAGCUGCUCUCCGCCAGUGACUUUGUUGACGCGAGCCGAGCUAACAAACAACGAUUUCAGCGAAGGCGGAGAUGGCGGUGGAGCUUCAUCUUGUGACGGAAAAUUUCACAAGAACUCGGAGCUGAUAGUGGCACUCUCGACUGGGUGGUUCGAUGGGGGGUCGAGGUGCGGGAAGAUGAUAAGGAUCACGGCGAGUAAUGGAAGGAGAGUGAAGGCUAAGGUGGUUGACGAGUGUGACUCCAUGAGAGGGUGCGAUGAAGAGCACGCGGGCCAGCCGCCGUGUAGAAAUAAUGUCGUUGAUGGAUCGGAUGCGGUUUGGAGUGCUCUUGGGCUGAACAAGGAUUUGGGAAUUGUGGAUGUUACUUGGUCCAUGGCCUAGAGGUUUCAUAAAUAUACUAAAACAAGAAAUAAUUACAAAAAUACCAGACCUAAACAUAAUUACAAAAAAUGCCAUCAAAACUAAGAUAAUUACACAAAUAUCAA